AUGAAAUUUUCAAGAUUAAUUGGCAGAUUCUUAUUGGCAUUACUAUUCAUUAAUGUUGGCUUAUCUCAAUUAAAUGAUACUGAUCCAUUUGUUUAAUUUGUAAAUGUGAGAUACCCAUAUUUUUAUGAAUAUGUUUAAAAAUUGACAGGAAAUUCUUUGGAUUGUACAGAAAUAUUAGUAAUAUAUAAAUGAUUUUAGAAACCAAUUAAUAUCAUUAAACAUACUCCAUGUUUAAUUUAAGCAAUAGGAGGUGCUUAAAUAGUUUUAGGAUUAGGCGUAGCUUUAGGAAUUCAAGGUGCAGGAUGUCUAUUGGCUUUAUUAAGUAUUAUAAUAACAGCAUUUGUUCAUAAUCCUAUAAUUUAUCUAAACAAAGUGUAUUAUUGAUAUUUAAUUGUAGAGAUACAUAAGCUGAAUAUAUUAACAUAAUUUUCAAUGUAGGAAUAAUUGGUGCAUUAUUUUUGGUUGGUAAAAGAAGAAAGAAUAGAGGAAGUUGUGUAACUGGGGGUUGUUUGAUAAAGCCUAAAGAUGAGAAAAAGGUUGAUUCAGAUGCAAAAGUUCCUACAGGUAAAGAUGUACCUAAAAAAUCAAAAGCAUCUGGAAAUCCAAAAGGAAAAGAAAAAUCUAAAAAAUAUUGAGUAUUUUAAAUAAAAUAAUGAUUAUUUUUAUG